AUGUUCAAGAAAUUAAAUUACUUAAAUGGUGGUAUAUAUGAUGAAGCUAAAAUUGUAACAUCGAUUGGUUUAUUAAAUUUAUAUGAAAUUGAGGAUGCUUUAAAAAAGAAUAUUAAAUUUAAAGUAUUAGCUUAUAAUUUAAAAACAGGAAAGUGUAUUUUCAGAGAUGCAGAAUUUCAUGCGAUACAUAUACAUGAAUCACCGGUUUUAAGUAUCAAUGACAAAAAAAAUUUACAGUUCAAAUUGUUAUUUGGACAACAAAUCCUCAAUAGAAUUGGUGAUGGGAUUGAUGAUAAAUCUGAAACCAAAGAUUUAUCCUUAUUGAAUAGCAGGUUUCAUCCAAUUUACUAUAAAUCUCAAAGUUUAAACGAUGUGAAUUGUCAUAGAUUACAAAGCCUCACCAAUGGCUUAAAUGAUGAUAGUAUUGAUUUUGUGGAGCUAAAAGAAGUUGCUAAAAAUUUGGGUAUCAAUGAUACUAUAAAAGUAUGUAAUAUUUUUGGAUUACUAACCAAGUAUGGUAGAUUUGAUAAGCAGGGUGUAAUUUUCAACAAAAAAGUUUUAAAACACGCAAAAAUAAUUUUAGAGCUGGUACAAAUUGAAUAUGUUAAUAAUGAUAAAAAAGGUUUAAUUAUUCAAAGAACUAAAUAUGGGGAAUUCAUUGAAACUUUAAAAGACAUUUUCAAUAUAAACUCAACAGUCGCUCCGUACAAAAAAGAAAGACAAAUUCCUGAUUUCAUUUAUAAGCUUGAUAAAAACCAUUUGAAAAGCUUUAUAAAAGGUGUUGGUAGAGAACUUCCCACAUAUGAUGGAGUUUUCAAAAUUGUUACUUUUAAUCAAGGUUUUGCUGAAAAAAUUUUGAUGCUAAACGUUAUUGCCGGUAAUUAUUUUAAAAUGAAUUCCAGUUGUAAUAGUUAUGAAUCCCAAGUUCAUGGUUCGUUUUCAAUAAAUGCAUUUCCAAAAUUGUUAAAAGGUUCAAUUUCCAUUGAUAAAAAUAAUUCAGGAUUUUAUUAUUCAUUAAAAUUUCAAUCAAAAUUUCCAAAAAUUAGAGAAGAUGAAAACAUGAGUGCAAAUGAUGGUGCUAUUGAAGAAGAUGAAAAUAUGAGUGCAAAUGAUGGUGUUAGUGAAAAUAAUAGUUUACAAUUACAAUUACAAGAUCAAGAAGAAGAAGAAGAAGAAGAAGAAGAAGAUGAAAACAUGAGUGCAAAUGAUGGUGCUAGUGAAGAAGAUGAAAAUUUGAGUGCAAAUGAUGGUGUUAGUGAAAAUAAUAGUUUACAAUUACAAGAUCAAGAAGAAGAAGAAGAAGAAGAAGAAGAAGAGGAAGAAGAAGAAGAUGAUGAUAAUAGUGCAGUAGGUGAUCCAAUUGAAAAUUCUGAUUUAGACGAAGAAGAAGAAGAAGAAGAAGAAGAAGAAGAAGAAGAAGAAGAAGAAGAAGAAGAAGAAGAAGAAGAAGAAGAAGAAGAAGAAGAAGAAGAGGAAGAGGAAGAAGAAGAAGAAGAAGAGGAAGAAGAAGAAGAAGAUCUUAGUGCAGUAGAUGAAGAAAACGAAAAUAAUAGUUCAGACGAUGAAUCAAGUGAUAAUUCUGGUUUAGAAGAUGAAGAAAGUGAAAUCAGUAGUUCAGAAGAUGAAGACAACGAGGAGAAAUUUGAUCAUUUCAUUUUUGUACCAACUCAUUUUGAAACCAAGAAAAAUAUUACUCAACUUAAUUAUAGUCAGAUUAUUAUAGCUAAAAGCUUAAGUUCAGAUGAUAAUUAG